AUGAACUCCAUCAUGAUCCCAGCGCGCGGAAGCCCGACAUCAAUCUACCAUUUCGAAACCGCGGUAGACUCCCUUCUCGCUGCAAAUGCCGAUACUGCUGUCAGAGACGGGCGCGGAAAUACCGUACUUCACUACCUGGCUGGGAGUAGACUGGGAGAAAGGGAUCGAAUGGGUGAUGAGCAAAGGCGAUUUCUGCGGAGGUUUCUUGAGGACGGUGUUGAUCCCAGAGUACGGAAUGCGGAAGGCAUGACGGCUCUGGAGAUCUUCUGCACGGUCAGCUAUGAUGAAUUCGGUGAUGAGGGGUUUUAUGACCGGUAUUUUGCCAUUGGGCAAUAUGUUAUUGGCCAGUUUGAAAAGGCGGGCUACGAUAUCCAGGAGGCGAAUACGAAGGGGCAGACUUUGCUGCAUUUGGUUGCUGGGCUCACCUCGCCUGAGGGGAUAUCUUGGUCUGCAUGGCCUUGGUUUCGACUCCUCCAGUCUAAGGGACUUGAUCCUGUGGCGAAAGACGGGGAAGGAAAGACUCCAAUCGACAUUGCAGAGGAGAAUGAGAGUAUCAAUGUUUGGUUGCAGGAAGAACGUGAAUCCAUGGCCGCAUAG